CAAACGUGCUUGGUAUGCGACAUGUUUCCCAUCCAUCACCAGUGCAGCACCAUGGUAAUAAGCCCGCCGUAGCAGACUCAAUAUGAUACCGCCUGCAGUCAGUGGCGGUUGAUCAUUUGACAACCGUACCGUUACGCCCCCCAUGGGCCUGCUUUUCGCGGGCUAUGGAAGACGGCUCUCGCGGUGGCAGCGGCGACCGCCGUGACGCUUCGCAACGCCGCAAGACCGUCAGCGGUGUACUGCGGCCGCAUAGACAAGACUCAUGGAACGAUGAUGGUGACACUUCGCCGGAAGGAAUGAGAUUGCCGUGGAGCUCUCCGUCUGCGUCUGCGCCGACCUCGCCAACUGCACCAAGCUUGGCAGAUUCGCCGAGAAGUCAUAAGCGCACGGUUCCGGGGAGCAUAUUGCAAAGACUGAACUUCCUACGUGGCGGGAGCGAAGAUGGACGUCCGCCCUCGCGUGAAAAGGAAAUGAAACCGCCGAAGAGCCCGAAGAGCUCAAGGAGCCCAAGGAGAACUAAGAGCCGGAAAAGCAUCGAUGAUGAGCCGCCAAUUACUUCACCAACGUCACCCAAACUUGAGAGUGCCUUGGUGUUUGCGCUUCUGCCAAACAAGACGCGCAAGCGGAAAGGGUCGUUGAGGAAGACAGCGCUCUUGAGCGGCAGAAGGCUUUCGUCCGAGGGCAGAGACCGCAAGAACAGUGUCUCGGCUAAGAGCCCGCUGUCCAGGUUACCACUGCACCAGGCGAUGCCCAGCGAGGCUUCCCUAGUGAUUCCAUCGACCGCACGGCGAGGUGACUUUGAGUCCUCUCGCGCCUAUCUGCAAGCGGACUCUCCCAACGAUGGUGAGCGAAAGUUCAGCUACGAGCAAUCAAUAGUACCAAGCAGCAGCGACAGCGGUUGGUCUGACUCUGCAGCAGUGACCGCUGCUCGCUUGACGCUGGUCACAGAGCACCAAUCACACCAUUGUGAUCCAGCCUCAUCCGCAAGUGAACUGAGCAGUCCGCUGGACAUCAGAAGCCCAACAAGCCAAGCCAGCUACAUCUCGACGACGGACGAUGACGAUGUGCUCACUUUCGACCGCCCAGCUAAGAGCUUUCCGGUCCAGAGUGGCGCAAGUCUUCCGAAGCCUACAUCAUCCACGGCCACUAGCUACUUCCCCGAUGAAUCCGAGCUGUCCUUACCGCAGCGCCGAACGACGUCCCGCAACAAGCGCUCUCCUCUAUCCCACACGAUCAGCAGCUCAAGCGUCUAUCCGCCUUCACCACCUCCUCAUGACUACACCGAGACGGAGUACUGGGGAUGGGUCAUCCUUUUCGUAACUUGGCUCACCUUCACCGUGGGCAUGGGCUCAUGUCUCGAUAUCUGGAGCUGGGCCUGGGACGUCGGCAACAAGCCUUAUGCGCCGCCAGAGCUGGAAGACGAUCCCACACUGCCAAUUGUAGGCUAUUACCCGGCGUUGAUCGUGCUCACCGGUGUGGUAGUGUGGGUGUGGAUUACGGUCGCUUGGGUUGGUAUGAAGUACUUCCGCCAUGCGAAGAUUGAGGUCUAAGUAAUGUCAUUCUAAUCAAGUCGCGAACAUCUUUCCAAUAUGGCUCUCUGCUGUUGAACCGUGACCUCAUGUGAAUCAUGUUGCCAAACCGAUAUCGCGGAAACCUCGCAACGUCCGGCUGUCUGUGG